CUCAGUGUUGCCCCUAUCGUCGCAUAUCGAUGGGUCGUGUAUAGCGUCGCUGAACACACCAGGCUGGGAUCCUUUCUGCCAAGUUAUGUCUUCAAGUCUAUACUUAAUGUCUUUCUUCGCCGGUGCGUUGCCCUAUGAAUUUCGCUCUCGGUGAGUCCGCCGAAUACGAGUAAUCAUGUACAAAUACACGAUUCUUCUCCUUGCCCUGCUGUUCUGGUGCGCCGCCCGCGUGCAAGGUACGCCAGUCCGUCGCCAACUGACAGGCUAUGCUCCUGUUGCCGCCGCAUGUCCUGCUACCCCUCUAGUAAGACCAGCCAAUGGCGUCGGGAGUGCUGAAGCUGCCUUCAUUGCCAGCCGAUACACCGUCGCGUCUCAGAGCCUUGCGGCGUGGCUUGCAACAGUCGUCAACAAUGCGACGUGUAAUUCGACCUCUUCGCCCAGUAAAAGAGACUGGACUGAUUGGGGUGACUGGGACAAGGGAGAACAGUCUUCGAGUUCCAGCAUCCCAGAUCCAGUAUCAGGCUCUACGACAGCCUUAACGCCGUCUUCUACGACCUCGAAGAGCACGGCAAGCACGGCCAAGAAUCCUGGAUAUACAUCGUCGACAUCCUCAUCACCCUCGACGAGUGCGCCGACAAAGUUCAGCACCAGCACGACGUCGACGAACUUUGUCUCGGCUUCAACAACCUCCUCAGCAAGCCGGUCCAGUGGUUCAACUGUUACAACAAGCUCUUCAACAUUUACGACUUCUACCAGCCCCUCAACAUCAACCGGCGCCACAACAUCCACUGCAGCGCCGACCUCGACCAGCGCUUCAUCCGCGACUACCACUUUGACUACUUCCUCGACCGGCUCUUCGACUACCAGCUCGACCACAAGCUCGACCUCGACUACCUCUUCGGCCUCGACUACCACAGCGCUAUCGACUACGACUUCGACCAGCACCUCGACCUCCAUUACCUCCUCGACCACCUCCUCGGCUACCACUUCAACGACCACCUCCACCUCAUGUACUCCAGAGAGCUUCCAGCCAACGGCUUACCCCUUAGUCGGCUUGACCACCAGCGGCGGCGGCUAUCGAUCUUUGUUAACGGGAGCCGGCGUGAUCCAAGGCUUCGAUGCCAGGGACAGUCAGACUGGCGUGUCGGGGUUGUAUCAAGGGCUCACCUACGAAGCUGGGUUGUCUGGAGGGGGCUGGCUUUUGACGAGUAUUGCUGGUAACGACUGGCCCACGAUCAGCGAGCUACGAGACAACCUAUGGGAAGAGGCGUUCCAAACCAGUCUGUUGAUACCUGGAAAUCUCCUCGUUGCUGGUCCAGCCUACGCCGCCAUCACCGCAGACCUCGCAGCCAAACAAGCUGCCGGCUUUCCGCCAACACUGGUCGAUCCUUAUGGCCGUCUUCUUUCGUAUCAGCUUCUCGAGGGCGCUGAUGGAGGUGUAACGAUCACCACUUCUGAUUUCGCCGACAUGUCGAAUUUCACGAGCUACAAUGUCCCAUACCCGAUCAUCACGGCCCUGGGCGUACAGGCAAACGAAGGUGAGUGUACGCCAGGUCCGGCGGCCACGCAAUACGAGAUCCAUCCGUAUGAAUUUGGGUCCUGGGACGACGGUGUCGCGGCCUUCGCUCAGACCGAAUAUAUAGGUUCCUCUCUUUCUGGUGGCAGCCCGGCCAUACCAGGCGUUUGUAUUAGGAACUACGACAACGCAGGAUACGUCGCGGGAACGACGUCGAACCUCUUCAACGAAGCGUGCGCGCCCGUGCCGCCCACUAACACCAGCGACAGCAGCUUAGCCCAAGUUCUGUCCGCAAUCCUUGACACCGUCCACGAAGUGACGUUCCGCGACAAUUUCGCCAUCUACCCGAAUCCUUUCUACAAUUACGCCCAAUCCAGCAUAGUCGCAAGCCAAGAAGAUCUAUACCUCGUCGAUGGCGGCGAAGCUCUCCAGAACAACCCCAUCUGGCCAUUCUUACAUCGACCGCUCGUCGAUGUCCUGAUCGUCAACGACAACAGCGCCGACACGUCGGCCAAUUACCCCAACGGCUCGGAAAUCUACACCACAUACCAACGCGCCACGGACGAAGGCCUCACCCGUAUGCCCGUCAUUCCGGACGUGACCACCUUCCUGGCCAACGGCCUCGACACCCGGCCAACAUUCUUCGGAUGCAACGAUCCCAACGUCAUCACCAUCGUCUACCUGCCCAACCAGGAAUGCACUUACCCUUCCGGUCAAUCAACGUUCAAGCUGCAGUACACCGCCGACGAGACGGACGCCAUGAUUGCCAACGGGCAGCAGAUCGCGAGCAAAGGUGGCGACCCGGAAUGGCCGCUGUGCCUGGCCUGCGGAAUCAUGAAAAAGGCCGGCGGCACUUUACCUGGUGGUUGCGCGGCGUGUUAUGACGAGUAUUGCUAUAAUUGA